UUGACAAGUGCAUUGCACAAGAUUUUGCCACACGUGUUAAUGUUUUUAUGUGGUUGUAGCCCAUUGAAAAUACACAGACCGACAGGAGAUAGUGACAUUUCAUAAUAACAGUUCUCAGCCGACACAGUGCUUGUGCAUGUGAGACGAUGUCUGUGUAUACCUGUAUCACCUGUCGAGUGGCGUUUGCCGAUGCUGAGCUGCAGCGAGCACACUACAAGACCGACUGGCAUCGCUACAAUCUGAAGCGCAAAGUAGCGGAGAUGCCACCAGUGACUGCAGAGAAUUUUCAACAGCGUGUUCUUGCUCAAAGAGCUCAGGUAUCUCUCAUUAGAUUGGCUGAUGAAGAAAAGGAUACGGCUCGCAACUGCCAGAUCUGUGGGAAGCACUUCAACACACAAAAUGCAUUUGAUAAUCACAUCCAGUCGAAGAAACACAAGGAGAUGGAGGCGAAACAGGAGAAGAAACUGGCACAGCGUGUUAAGCAGCUGAAUGCUAAGAAUGCAGAGAAAGGGUUAGACGAGACUGAUAUUCGGGACAAAGAUACAGUUAAUAUGGCACUGAAAGAGAGGCUGCAAGGCCAGAGGUCAAAAGAAGGGGAUGAUGUUGAUAUGGACUCUGAAGAUGAGGGUUCAGACGCAGGUUCAUGGGAGGAGAACAUGCUGGGCCUGGAGGAAUGUCUGUUCUGUUCUUACGUCACCUCAUCCCUGGAGGAUAACGUCAGUCACAUGACGGAAAAACACAGCUUCUUCAUCCCCGACAUUGAGUACAUGGUCGACAUGGAGGGACUGAUUACGUAUCUAGGUGAGAAGAUAGGCGUGGGGCAUGUGUGUCUGUGGUGCAACGAGAAGGGCAAGACAUUCCACAACACCCAGGCCGUCCAGCGCCACAUGGUGGACAAGGGCCAUUGCAAGAUGCUGCACGAGGGAGACGUCCUGUUUGAAUACACCGACUUCUAUGACUACAGGAGCAGCUACCCAGAAGAGGAGGGGUCAGGAACUGCCGCCGUGGGGGGCAGCGGGGACAUUGACAUGGAAGAUGCAGUGGAGCCCGAGAGUCUCAUCAGUGACGGCUACGAGCUUGUCCUUCCUUCAGGAGCCACACUUGGUCAUCGGUCUCUUGCGAAAUACUACCGCCAGAAUGUGCCACCAACACGAAGGGAAACACGGUCAAUAGUCCCCCGAAUGUUGGCCCAGUACAAGGCUCUAGGCUGGACAGGAGCAACAGGUGUGGUGAGUCAGCAGCGCGUGAAGGACCUGGGCUACAUGCAGAGACUGAAGCACCGCCACUUCAUGAGACUGGGCUGCAAGGCCAACUACCUUCAGACACACUUCCGCUCCCAGAACCCCAUAUAGACCAGUGGUUGCAGUUGCCAACCUCCACAACUUUGGCAGAAUCAUUGCACUAUCUUGCACCAAAUUCUGCCAAUAUGAUAAAGUGAAAUACACUACUCCAAAAAGGUUAGGCUUAAAAAAAAUAUAAGAACUGGUUCUCAGGCAAUGAUUUUUGAAAAUAUAGUGUGGGCGGGAGAUGGGGUUUGUUUUUUUAGCUUGUUCAAACUAGUAGGUAACCAAUAAACAGUUGUGUACCUUCAACCUGGGAAAGAACCUCCCUCAUAAACAACCUCCUAUUGCAGCCAUUGCAAUAACACGAGAUGCGCAGUUAAGCAGCGAGCAUGUAAAGGGAAGUAACUGUGUGCUAUUUUGGAUCUGUGUGUGUAUUAGGAUUUGUGUGUGUGUGUGUGUGAAAAUGGAAAUAAAAACGAAACGUACGGCAGACUUUAUGAUGAUGUGGGCAGCGUCUGAGAACCAAGACUUAGUUUUUUAGCCUUAAUGUACACCCAAUUCUUUCAUAUUACUAUUAUUGAUCUGUCAUGGCAUCACUGAUUAACUAUAGUCAUAUGAAAGAAUUGGGUGUGCUUUAACUUCUCUUUAGUUUAUAUAUUAAUACCAGUGCAAAUUGUGUCCAAAGAAUAUGACUUUGUUGUUUUUCCGCUUGUAAAUCACAAUCGUUGACAAUAAUGCUGUAUAGUGAUUUCUACAUGACAUGAUCAGAGCUCCAGAUAAGCUUUUGGUGUUGUGGGUAUUUUACCCAUGCAUUUUAAAAUCACUGCGUAUCAGCUAUUCUAUCUGGGUAUUCAAAUUUCUGUUACCCACUAGUUUUUACAC